GUACCUUGUGGUAGUUUCUCUACAGGGUUUAAAGGUGUAUCCCAGUGUUUUUUUGUUUUUUUGUUUUUUGUUUGUUUUUUGUUUUUGUUUUGUUUGUUUCUUACUGUCUGGUCCAUAGGAAUUAAUCUUUAUAAAUGCUAUAAGGAGACUAUCUCUAGAGAUUCAUACAUGCCAUUAAUAUGUUAUAAGGAUCGGUCAGUUCCAUUGUCUUCUUUUGUCAAUCUUGAUCAGAGCUUGCCGAGUAAGUCUAUAAGCCUGCAUGUGCCUGGCAACUGUUACCUAGUGACAGUUUCAGCUGCAGUAGCCAUUGGCUGUGCUGUUGAUUGGGGCAGGAGGACCGAGUCACCUUUCUGAUGGUGGUGAGUUCUUCUGCAUCAGCUCAGGAUGAGGAGGAGAGGAGCAGGGCUCCGGCUCAGGUGGAGGCAGUGAUACUGAGAGAUUGUGAAGAAUAUAGCGACAGCAUCCUGGUAACUGCAUCACAGUAAAUCGGACUUCUGAAUCAAGCAGCCCAGCCUAGCAGCUGAUAAGAGUGAAUGUAGGUGAGAAGCAUUGCCUUAUUCCCAUAAGAAGAGAACUAUUUUGUGAUAAGUGAAACUAGGAAUGUGCAAGGAGGAAUAUCCUGUGGCUGUUAUAAAAGAAGGACUUCCCUGAAUGACUUGGUGGUGCACGAGAAAAUAACUUUCAGAAGAAUGCUUUCUGUUAAGCUGCUGCUUUGUUCCUGAAGGAAACGUUUUUAUCUCUAAUGCAUGUUACUUCUUCAAGAGGUAUGACAACAAAGACUGACAAGAAACUCUCUGAAAUACCUGUACUUUUAAAAAGAUUUUUGAUAAAUGUUAACCUGAUAACAGAAUGACCUUGGAAGCCUCUUGGAUGGAUUCUAUCCUGCAAGCCUUUCAGUAUUUCAAACUCUAGGAUUUAAACUCAUCUUGAUGCUUUAGAGGUAUUUUAAAAUAAGACCAUCUUAUAACCUACCUAAUGACCCCUGUACUAAUCGAGCACUUGUUCAAAAUAGAAAACAGAAAUAGAAGAGGCAUUUUCAUAACAUAUGGCUGCUGUAUAACUGCAAGUAUAGCAAACAAGGUAAUUUUCCACUUUCAGAAGAUUUAGUCGAAGUAAUGAUUUAAUGUGUUAAUCCUCUGAUGAAAGUAGAAUAGAAACAGACUAUGAAGCCUACUAGAAAUACCUAAGUAAUAAAUAAUGGCAGCGUUUCUAGUCAAAUAAGCUCAGAGUGUAUAGGAAAGUUUCUAUUGUUUAAAUUUCAUAUAUACGUGAGAUAUAGGUGUGGUUGCAAAGGUGAGAAAUAACUUUGAGCUCUGAAUCUAUUAUUCCGUUAUAAGGAAGGUAGCAUAUCAGAUAAUGAAAGUUAUUUUCAGUUAUUGAUGCUGAAAUUAAUAACAUUUAUUUUCCCUUUGAAAAGGAGAACAUACAAAUUACAUGUAGAACCGGUAAUUGUAAUGGACUAAAACUGUUUUCAUCUGAAUGCUUAAAAAAUUGCAUGCAGAAUUAAAACUUUACAGUUUAUCAUAUCUUGUCACGUGUUAACCCAUUGCACAUUAUCUUCACUACUGGAAAUAUGCUUUUGUUUACUCAUGAGAGUUAUAGGGCAGUCUGGAGUCUGUUACCCCUAUUCUGCUCCUUUGUGCCCAAGUAGACCCGAGUCUUUUAGAAUUAACCUUGUGUGCAUGUGUGUGUGGGGAUUUAGCUUUUUUGAGAAAUGAGAAAUAGAUCAUAAAGUUCAUCCACCAGCAUCGAACCCUGAACUGAGCCCAAAGGCACUCUUUGCCGCAAUGAACUUUUUCUUAGACUUGCAACUAGAUCUUAGAUCUUAAUUAUUUAAAACCGUAAAAUAUGAAUCCACUUCUCAUGACAGAUGAAGUAGGAAGCCUGAGACAAUUUAAGACUUUUUUUCCCUCAUUAUUUCUAGUUGAUCCCUAAGAAACUACCUUUCUGAUGAGCCCAAACAGCUCACAAACUCUUUUCUUCCCUUGGCAAUUGAUUUUUUUUUUCUUUUUACAGAUUUAAUUUUUCAUGGUGAAAGGUAAUAAAAUAUCCAUUUUCUCUAGAAGUGCCUUGUGUCUUCAAAAAGUUGUUGGAGAGAGCAUCAGAGGAAGCUAAUCAGUGACCUUUUUUCACCUCCUUUCUAGCUUACUUCCCUUUCUCCCCCUCCCAAAGUUGAGAUGUGUCACUGCUGCACUGAGACUGAUGAAGAGGCUUGAGUACUCUCUGGGAUGCUCGGCUGUGACAGAAGCACUGCCACUGUCUACCGAAGCUGAUCCCGAGACACUCAUGUGUAGAGUUUAACACAUGCUGGACAGGGCACCUGCUUGCUGGAGCCAAGGCUACAUGUUCCCUUAAUUCCAAGCCAUGAAUGAAACCAGGUGGACUGAAUGGAGCAUCCUGAACAUGAGCAGUGGCAUUGUGAAUGUGUCUGAACGUCACUCCUGCCCACUUGGAUUUGGCUACUACAGUGCGGUGGAUGUGUGCAUCUUUGAGACCAUUGUUAUUGUCUUGCUGACAUUUCUAAUCAUUGCUGGGAAUUUAACGGUCAUCUUUGUCUUUCACUGUGCUCCACUCUUACACCAUUACACUACCAGCUAUUUUAUUCAGACAAUGGCAUAUGCUGAUCUUUUCGUUGGAGUUAGCUGCUUGGUUCCUACUCUCUCACUUCUUCACUACUCCACAGGUAUCCAUGAGUCAUUGACUUGCCAGGUUUUUGGAUAUAUCAUCUCGGUUCUAAAAAGCGUUUCUAUGGCAUGUCUUGCUUGCAUAAGCGUGGAUCGCUAUCUUGCAAUAACCAAGCCUCUUUCCUACAAUCAACUGGUCACUCCUUGUCGCCUGAGAAUUUGCAUUAUUUUAAUCUGGAUCUACUCUUGCCUCAUUUUCUUGCCUUCCUUUUUUGGCUGGGGGAAACCUGGGUACCAUGGUGACAUUUUUGAAUGGUGUGCCACCUCUUGGCUCACCAGUGCCUAUUUUACUGGCUUUAUUGUUUGUUUACUUUAUGCUCCUGCUGCCUUUGUGGUCUGCUUCACUUACUUCCACAUUUUCAAAAUUUGCCGUCAGCACACCAAAGAGAUAAAUGACCGGAGGGCCCGAUUUCCUAGCCAUGAGGUGGAUGCCUCUGGAGAGACCGGACACAGCCCCGACCGUCGCUACGCCAUGGUUUUGUUUCGGAUAACCAGUGUGUUUUACAUGCUGUGGCUCCCUUAUAUAAUUUACUUUCUUCUGGAAAGCUCCCGGGUCUUAGACAAUCCAACACUGUCCUUCCUAACAACCUGGCUUGCUAUAAGUAAUAGUUUUUGUAACUGUGUAAUAUACAGCCUUUCCAACAGUGUUUUCCGGCUAGGCCUCCGAAGACUGUCCAAGACGAUGUGCACAUCUUGUCUGUGUGUGAAGGAUCAGGAAGCACGAGACCCCAAACCUAGGAAACGGGCUAAUUCCUGCUCCAUUUGAAGAGAACUAUACAGUAAAUCCAGUGUAAUCUGACAGGGGUUUUGGAUUGUGUUCUUGAUUCUUCUAUAAUAUCUAAAUAAUUCUUCUGGAAGUUUGCCACUAGAGAAAUAUUUACUUGAAUAGUUGACUAUGAGAUGAAGGGACUAAAGAUUUCUUUUUUUUUUUUUUCCUUCUCUUUUUCCACAGUGGUGGGGGAGGGGGAGCUAGAGAAAAGAAUGUAUAGAGGGUAAUCUCAUGAGAUAACUUUAGUAUGUGAGUAUAAAUGUACAGUAAUAACAAAAUUAAGCACUGAAGAUGAAAAAAUUAUUGAAAAAAGUAUCUCAGAGCUUCCACAGGACAUGAGCAAAGCCCCUCGGCAUCUCUGUCCUCUCUGACUGAGCUCUCUCCUCUGUCUUUGCCUCUCAUUCUGUCUGUCUGUCUCACUUUCUUUGUGUUUGUGGAAAUGACUUACAUAAAUUGCCCUUUAAAUGCUACAUAUAAUAUAUGUGGCAAAGUGCAAUUUUUUGCAUCAAAGUAUACUCUUAAAUGUACUAAUCUGCAACCCAUAAGUUGUCUCUCUAUGAAGGAUGCAUAGUAAGCAUUGUAUUUUAUUACCUGCCACAUAACCCUUUUGCUUGUGUUUUUAUAAUGUCCGCAGUGCAAAUUGUUUGCUAUAAACAAAAAGAAACAGUACUUUUGUUUCUUCUGGGUAAAAUUAUGUGUACCCAUCCCCACCCCCUUUCUAACAGCCUGCUAUUUUUUUCCUCCAUUGUUCUUGAUCUGCAUCCUUUGGUACCUUAAUCCAAAAGUGUCUUAGCUAAUGAAAGAAUCUACUAUAUAAAGCAAUCAUAAUCUUAAAUAAUCUAUUCCUUCCAACAAAGGUUCUUUGAGAUAUUGUGUUAAAUAUUUUUAAUAGCUUUUGUAUACAUUUUUAUCUGGUUCCUUUCCAAUUAGCUCAUGUGCCCAAAGUAGUGUCUUUAAUAAAGCUUUGUUUUUCUUUAAGGAAAUCCACAAAUAAUUCUAAUGGAGAUUUCAGAGUAUUCACCCAGAAGUAAGGUAUUGCUCUUCAAACCACACAGCGUGUCCUCCCCGCAAUCCAGUAGACAAUAUUAACCUUUUUGUGUUACGUCUACGAAGCUUAGUGUUGCGUCCACCAAUCAUUUGUGUGAUAUGCAUUUGCAUAUACUAUAUUUUUUACAACAAAGAAAAUGUAAAUUAUGUGAUCUGUGCCUAAUGUUUUCUUAGCACAAUACAUAGAUCAAUGUUGCUUAACUCAUCAACAUUGGAAAAAAUAUACAAAAACUUUAAAGAGAAAAAUACUUUUGUGUAGUUGUUAUUAGAUAUUUAUAUUAGAUCAAGCUGCAUUCUUAGUACUGCUGAGAAUACGAUAUACUUAAUUAUCAAAUACAGGUAAGAGCUGUCAGUAUUUCCUUUUGUAAUCUGUUUUCAUACGCAGAGAUUAAAUUAACUUAUUUUUUAGUGUGCUACAUGGAAUUGUAUAAUAAAUUGCCAGGGGUUUAGAUGUAGCAAAAUGGCAUUUGGGGGAAUCAGUCAGUAGUGAAGCAGGUGUGAGUGGUAAAACAUCUAAAUCUUACUUUUUUACUAUAAGUUUCCUGCCUGACAGAUAUUUUAAAGUUUAUAUCAGACUACUGAGUAUUUUUCUUCUCAGCAUUUUGAUUUAUUUGUUUUAUGAAAUGCAUUUAAUGAAAUGUGCCUAUGACUUCAAAUUGGAAGCCUAGUGUGUUUGCACACGAGUGGUUUGACUUCAGAGGUCCGUUAGUAGAAAUGUCAUCAUUUUAUUGAGGUUGUUUUGAACCUGUGUAUAUUUUUAAACAUGUAAGAAAGGUUUAAAAUAAAGAAUAAAAUAGUAUUCUACGUAUCAAAAUCAGACUUUGUUUCAGUUUCAUAAAAACACUCACUUAGAAUCAAAAUUUAAUUGUGUCACA